UCCGAUUGCAUACUCUGCAUAUCAGAGACUGGUUGGCGUACGACUGGCUAUGGCCACCACUACUUCCGGGUUCCGUCAUUCUCCCGCCGCCGCCGCUCAACGCUGCCAGCGCAUUAUUACUGACAACAUACUCACUCUGUAACCAACCAACCUGCCACCUCCUCAAUACUUACUGACAGCCACUUAUUCAAACAAACAACAAAAAAAAGCCAAGAAAGAAGCCGAGGCUGCUUUUCACCCCAUUCUCUCUCUUAUUUUUUGUUGUUAACUCCUCGUGAACGUUUUCAUCGCCGUUUCUUCUUACAGUAAGAUAGCGGUCCAAGGCAGCCGGAGUUGUUGCAACGGCAGAUCAUCAUUCAUUCAAUACCUUGACAAUCCUGCUUUGAUUGACAGCUGGAGUGGCAAAAAGCCAUGAGAGACGACAGUUUUGUUACAAGCGGGCUGUUGACGGGCCGAUCGUAACCUUCAGUUUUUUUUUGGCUUGACAUUUUUUUCGCUUCUUCUGGAAAAGAAAACAAGGGGAGACAGAGACAGAGAGGAAAAAAGGCAAAGUUCCCUUUCCUGGGUCCGCUUUAAACUGCGGUAGUGGAGGAUAAGCAGAAGUCGAAAACUGGAUUGGGAAAAUAAAGGGAUCUCGUUCAAUCACAACUAAGCCGGACUGGGGGAUAUUACAGAGACGGCACAUCCACGAGUGUGGGAGCGCAGACUGAUGGCGCAAAGGUACGAUGAACUUCCUCAUUACGGUGGGAUGGAUGGAGUUGGGGUACCGGCGUCCAUGUACGGAGACCCUCACGCCCCCCGGCCGAUCCCUCCAGUUCACCACCUCAACCACGGACCACCGCUCCACAGCCAACACUACGGGCCACAUACACCUCAUCCUAAUGUCAUGCCCACGAGCAUGGGCUCUGCUGUCAACGACGCCCUAAAGAGAGAUAAAGAUGCAAUUUAUGGGCAUCCUUUAUUUCCUCUGUUAGCGUUGGUUUUUGAGAAAUGCGAGUUAGCGACUUGUACUCCCCGAGAACCCGGCGUAGCAGGCGGUGACGUCUGCUCGUCUGACUCCUUCAACGAGGACAUAGCAGUGUUCGCAAAGCAGGUUCGUGCAGAAAAGCCAUUAUUCUCUUCAAAUCCAGAACUGGAUAACUUGAUGAUCCAAGCUAUUCAAGUAUUAAGGUUCCAUCUCUUGGAGUUAGAAAAGGUCCACGAGCUGUGUGAUAACUUCUGCCACCGGUACAUUAGUUGUUUAAAAGGAAAAAUGCCAAUAGAUUUAGUUAUCGACGAACGGGACGGAAGUUCAAAAUCUGACCACGAAGAGCUAUCCGGAUCGUCGACAAAUUUAGCAGAACAUAACCCAUCAUCAUGGAACAGAGACCACGAUGAUGCAACGUCAACGCACUCUGCUGGCACUCCAGGACCCUCCAGUGGGGGUCACGCUUCCCAGAGUGGGGACAACAGCAGCGAGCAAGAUAAAUUCGGCCUUCUGCAAAGGAAAAGCCAUCUUUGCCAUCUUCUACUAGGUGAUGGGUUAGACAACAGCGUGGCCUCGCCAGGAACAGGUGAUGAUGAUGAUCCGGACAAAGAUAAAAAGCGACAGAAAAAGCGAGGCAUUUUCCCCAAAGUAGCUACAAAUAUUAUGAGAGCGUGGCUGUUCCAGCAUCUCACGCAUCCGUACCCAUCAGAGGAGCAGAAGAAACAGUUAGCCCAAGACACGGGACUCACAAUCCUACAAGUGAACAACUGGUUCAUUAAUGCCAGGAGAAGAAUAGUACAACCCAUGAUCGACCAGUCAAAUCGAGCAGGCAAGUCUCAAGUAGUUACUGUAUUCAAGUCCCGCAGGCACAAAUCUUCAUCAAGUUAUUCAUCAGGAGUUCCUUCACCUGGUUUUCUUCUUGAUCCUUCAGUAAGCCAAGGAGCAGCAUACAGUCCAGAGGGCCAGCCAAUGGGAAGCUUUGUAUUGGAUGGUCAGCAACAUAUGGGAAUUCGGCCUGCUGGUUUACAAGGCAUGCCAGGGGACUAUGUAUCUCAGGGCGGUCCUAUGGGUAUGAGUAUGGCACAGCCAAGUUACACUCCUCCCCAGAUGACCCCGCACCCUGCCCAGUUAAGACAUGGACCCCCAAUGCAUUCCUAUCUCUCAAGCCACCCACAUCACCCGGCCAUGAUGAUGCAUGGAGGACCCCCGCCUCACCCUGGAAUGCCAAUGUCAGCACAGAGCCCCACAAUGUUAAAUCCUGUAGACCCCAGUGUGGGGGGGCAGGUUAUGGACAUCCACGCCCAAUAGUAUAAGGGAAAGAAAAGAGAACCACAAAUGUAAGACUAACUUUUGAACAGAUGUUGACACUUAAUGGAAUUCCAGACGAGCUGUGAUUUUGUUUUCUCUCAACGUCAACAGAGGACCAAUGACAAGCCAAGGCCAAUGUGACGUCAAAGGCCUUCUUCACCUGAACUUAUCUCCAAUGUUAAGUUCCUCUGGAAAAGACUGAAAGAUUUAUUACUACUGUAGCAUAAAUAUAGGAACUAAGUUAACUUGUACAUUUCUGUUGAUCACUCUAUUUCUGUUGCUUCCAAUAGUUUUUAGAAAGAAAGUUAUCCUUUUUCCACACUAUGUGUGUUGUUCCCAAAAUGGUUGUCCUCGUACAGCAAAUGGAGUCGUGUUUCUGACCAGGUUGUCCAAGUCCAGCCAAGCUGCCAUAGAGGAAGAAGCUUAAUUGAAGAUCUGUAGACUUCCUUGAAUGUGGUACUAGGUGAAAAGUUUUAUGAAUGCACUCAUAUACCUGAUUUUACUGGAUUGAAUAGGACCUGCUCGAUCCAAGUGAAGGGCCUGUGUCUGAUCAUGUCCUAGACUGACUCUUCUUCAUAGAGCUUGUUGAUGGAACACUGAAGAUGAAGUAGCAGCUUCCUCCUAUGGCUGUGGGUCACAGCAUUGAGAAAAUUUUGUCACACAAACUAUUCAGAAUGCUCUUGGGUAGAAUUUUCUUAAUGAAAUAUCCUUUAGCUGGUCUUGAACCAAAAGAAAGACCUUUUUAAAUGAACUCAAACUGCUUGGAACAAGCAAUGGCUACAAAAAAAUACUGUAACAUACUUGGUACAGAGAGUUCAGUAUAUUAAUUGUUACAUGUUAGAUAUCUAUGUGUUUACCUCAAUGAGAAAUGACGAAUGUUUUGCUAGUAUCAAAUCUGCUGUGGAAUUGGUAUUGUAUGUCAAUGAAUUCCUUACUGUUAUCA